UCCGCGAUGCUUUCGGAAUUGAGUUACUAGCACAGAACGCGUUGUCAGGAAUUUUUGCGAUUCUCCAGAAAGACAUUAUUGCAUGCCGUUGCGUGGUCCUUCCAAAAGAUCAGCGGCUUUUUUAGUUCUUUUUUUCCUUCUCUUUUCGAAUCAAUCUAGGUUUUCGGGUUUCCUUUCUUUCCCCUCCAAUCAAUCCCAAUUAUUGUUUCUGUGAAGUCGGCGCAAAGCGCCUCAAUGGCGUACAAAUUUUGACUGGAUCGGAGUUUUCGUUUCUUUGAUUUAUCUAUGCUUCUCAGGAGACCGUUCGGUGCACCUCGAGUUUUUACUUUUCAGGAAUCCGAUCGCUCGACAUUACUCUCAUAGCCGACGAGUUCUUGCGAGGCUCAUGGAAACAAUCUGGACAUCCUAUGUCUAUCUUCUUGGAUUCUAGUAUGCUUGACACUAGCAAAUAUAGUAGGCGGAGAUGAACAUUUCCGCUCUUUUAACUUCUGUAGGAAUCAAUACAGGGGUGUGUUUGGUCCUUUUAUCGUUAUAUUCCAUAUUGAGAAAACAACCAAGCAAUGUAAAUGUGUACUUUGGACGAAGGCUUGCUCCUGGGUGCUCAAGACGUAGUGAUCCUUUCUGCUUUGAGAGGUUUGUUCCUUCCACUAGUUGGAUAGUGAAAGCAUGGGAAACAUCUGAAGAAGAGAUAUAUGGCACUGGUGGCAUGGAUGCUGUGGUUUUUCUUAGGAUAGUUGUUUUCAGCAUCAGAAUCUUUUCCAUUGCUGUCGUCAUUUGCCUUUUUCUUGUGCUUCCGGUGAAUUAUUAUGGUCAAGAAAUGCGUCACAAGAAAAUUCCUUUAGAAUCGCUGGAAGUUUUUACAAUCGAGAAUGUUAAAGAAGGUUCAAAGUGGCUUUGGGCUCAUUGUCUCGCAUUAUACAUCAUAACCUGCUCUGCUUGUAUUCUCCUUUACUUUGAGUACAAGAGCAUUACUAAGAUGAGGCUAGAACGUAUUACCAGAUCUCCUCCAAAUCCAAGUCAUUUUACAGUUCUUAUCCGUGCUAUUCCCCGGUCUUCACAAGAAACAUACAGUGAUUCAGUGAAAAACUUUUUCACUAAGUAUCAUUCAUCAAGCUACUUGUCACACCAAAUGGUGUAUCGGUGUGGUAGAGUUCAGAAGCUGAUGAGCGAUGCAGAGAAGAUGUACAUGAUUUUUAAGGAUGCUUCUCUUGAACCGAACUGCAAGCCAAGUUUAAUGCAACAUGGUCUUUGUGGAGCACCUACAAAUUCUUUUACGAUCAUUUCGAGCGAGAUGGAUAAUGUUAGGGCAAAAUCUUGCUUCGGUCAUAUGGAUUUGGCUACAAUUAAAAAGGAGUGUGCAGCUGCUUUUGUUUUUUUCAAGACUCGCUAUGCUGCCACUGUUACUGCAGAGGUUCUUCAAUCUUCAAAUCCGAUGUUAUGGGUGACAGACAUGGCUCCAGAACCUCAUGAUGUUUAUUGGUCAAAUCUUUGUAUACCAUAUAGACAACUCUGGAUCCGUAAGAUAGGAACACUUGUGGCUGCCAUUGCCUUCGUGCUUGUGUUUCUUAUUCCCAUAACAUUUGUACAAGGCUUAACUCAGCUAGAUCAGCUACAGCAAACAUUUCCAUUUUUGAGAGGACUUCUAAAGAAGAAAUAUAUGAACCAGCUGGUAACAGGUUACCUUCCAAGCGUGAUUUUGAUUUUAGCUUUGUAUACAGUCCCACCAAUCAUGAUGCUAUUUUCAGCUGUUGAGGGUUCUAUUUCCCGUAGUGGAAGGAAAAAGAGCGCGUGCUGCAAAGUCUUGUACUUCACCAUCUGGAAUGUAUUUUUUGUUAAUGUUUUUACGGGAUCUGUUAUCAGCCAACUGAAUGUAUUUUCUAGUGUAAAAGACAUACCUGCGCAACUUGCCAAAGCAGUGCCGAGACAGGCUAGCUUCUUCAUGACUUAUGUUUUAACAUCUGGUUGGGCCAGUCUGUCAUGUGAGGUGAUGCAAGUUUUUGCUCUUUUCUGCAACCUGGUGAAAAGAUUCAUACUCAGAAUCAAGGAUGAUUUUUCCCAUUGCCCUUUAUCUUUUCCAUACCAUACAGAAGUCCCACGACUUCUCCUGUUUGGAUUCCUUGGCUUCACAUGUUCCAUCUUUACACCCUUGAUAUUGCCCUUUUUGCUGAUUUACUUUGCACUUGCUUACCUUGUGUAUAAAAACCAGAUUCUCAAUGUGUAUAUUACAAAAUAUGAAAGUGGGGGACAGUUCUGGCCUAUUGCCCUCAACACUACAAUUUUUUCAUUGGUGUUAUCACAAGUAAUUGCUCUUGGGGUCUUUGGAAUCAAAAAAUCAUCGGUGGCUUCGGGUUUUACAAUUCCACUGAUUAUCUGCACUCUUCUAUUUAAUGAGUACUGUAGGCAGCGGUUUCUCCCGACAUUUAAGAACAAUGCUGCAGAGGUUCUUAUUGAGAUGGAUCGCAAAGAUGAGUUGUGUGGGAGGAUGGAAAAGACUUAUCGAGACUUACGUACAGUUUAUUGCCAGUUCACUGCAACUUCUCAUGAAUUGUGUAGAUGUGGAUGCUUGAAUCAUCACGGAGACGGGAAGAGCAUUCCAGAUUGGGAGAAGUUGAACCCAGGUUUGAUUCACCCAACGCUUGGGAGACUCCCACUACCUGGAAUCAAAGUAAUUGGUUGGCUGUCUUUGUUUCUCUCUUUUCAGGCAAGGAACAAAGCCAACUAAAAGGGUCAUUGACUAUUCAUUGCAAUUUGGAUAUAGCAGAAACAAGCAAGAAGUAAAUCGAGCUCGUUCUUUUGUACAUAAUCCAUGUCUGAAACUGCAAAUUUCAUUCAUAUUGAACAAGCGCCGAAGGAGAGAUAUUCUUGGUAGGCCUUACACAGGAAAGGUAGUGCUGGGACAUGGAUUGCAGAAUACAUAGGUAAACAAGCGUAGAAAUCAGUUCCUAUAAUCAACAAAUAUUUCUGUAUGGAUAAGGAAAUGAUUGAGGGAAAGUAACCUCGUCACACGGUUGUGAUUUAGCAGUCAAAAAAUAGUAUAUUCUAUACAAAUUUAUGCUCAUUUUGAGAAUUUGAGCUGUUUAUCCUU